UUGUAUAUAUAUAAAAUAUCUUUUGUGAGUAUAUAUAUAUAUAUAGCUGCACCUACAUGCUGAGCUAAACGUCAAAUGAAUCCUCUGUUCAAUAUGGCUAAUAAAGUUCAUCCUGGAGAACCAAGUUCCUCUUCUUCUGUUAGCUACUUCUCUUCCAACCAAGAGACUUUCACCAUAUGGAUGAAGUCUCUUAUUCUGAAUGGAAAAGGAUGCACCGUCUUCGAUUCCAAUGGCCGAAUUGUGUUUCGAGUUGACAACUACAACUGCAAAUCUAGAGACGUUUUUCUUAUGGAUUGCAAGGGUGAAAUCCUCUUUGCCAUACUCAAAAAGAAAAAAUUCAGACUGUUGAGGUUUUGGGAGGGGCAUAGAUCCAAGAACACAGAUCAGUUGAACCCAAAAGGACCAGGUUUUCAAGUAUCGAAAAGGUUUGGGAUUUCAAGAGGUCACUCGGCAUGUGAGGUGGUUGAGGUUGGAGUAAACAAAAACCAGUGUUUGUGUUACAACAUAGAAAGAUGCACUAGGAGUUCACCGUGGAAGAUAGCUGACAAGUUUGGAAGACCAAUAGCAGAGAUAAAGAGGAAGCAAUUAACAAGUGGAGUGCUUUUAGGCGACGACGUUUUGACAAUGGUGGUGGAGCCCUUUAUAGAUCACUCUCUCAUAAUGGGGCUUUUUGUUGUGUAUAGUCUCAUCAACUGUCGAAUGUGAUGAAAAUUACAUGUGCCGUGGUUUCUCUCAGCUUUGAUGCAUAAGAACUUUCUUGUAGGAAAAUAAAGCACUAAUAGUGAUGUGGAUGGCCUUCACUUGUGUGUGAAAUUUAUAGUAGAAUUUGACUGCUUUAA